AUGUUCCUCCAUAACAUAAUAGUGUUCCUUCUGAGCUUAGCAUUGCUCCCGAGAUCUGAUGCGGCCUAUUCGUUUGACGAAUUGAGGAGAGAGAUUACCAAAAGUGAUCCUCUUUUCCACGUUCCAGAAGGUGAACUUGAGAAUGUUUUGUCAUCCCUGAGGGAAUACAAUAUGAUCAUGUUGGUUACUACCAACGAAGAGAGAUAUAACUGUCUUAUGUGUGAGCAGUUUGAUCCGAUUUUCGUUAAAAUCAUUCAGAAUGUGUAUAAGAAACAUCCAGAAUUACUAAAAAAUACAAUCUUUACAAGGGUUGAAGCAGCACAACACCUGCCAACAUUAAAGUCACUAGGUAUUAAGUCUGUUCCACAGGUUUGGGGAUUCCCCGAUAGCAGGGCAGUUCUAGGCGCUGAAAAGUAUAAGGAUGUAAAGCACUUACUGGAACAAAGAAAAGCUGCGAUUUUGAAAGGUGAAAGUUUCCCAAGCCCAGAUUGGUAUGAUUUGGACAAUGCAGGAAUGGAACACUAUGUUUUUGAGUUAACUAAAGGUGCACAGUGGAACGACGUUAUAGAAAAGCUGGCAGGCUUUAUUGGGAAUACCCUCAAUACGGACGUUACGGAUAUCCUGAAGGCUGGGUCCGAUGAGGAAAGUAUGUGGUUUACUGUAGGCAAAUGGAUGGUCUAUGCCAUAGUUACACUCAAAUUCUUACAGAGAGUUUCCACCAAAUCCGAAAUACCGAUAUAUGCCGAUAAAAACAUCUAUGCAUAUUUCUGUAUUGUCUUGAUUUUUGUGAAUUUGUCGGGAUAUAAUUUCACCAUGCAGAGAAAAGUCCCGUUUAUAUCAAGACGAGGAGAAAACAUAUUAUGGGUUGCCCCAGAAGGAAAUUCGCAAUUUGGCAGUGAGAUAGUUAUAAGCAUUGCACUACAAAUCACGUUCUCUGCUGUUUUGCUUUCUCUCAUUGUAUUAGCCAAGCAUUCACACGGAAUUGCAAGAGACCUAAUUGUAACCAUUGCAAGCUUAUCACUGUUAAUGCUGUUAUUGUUUGCUGCUGGUAUCUACCACUUGAAAAAUGGGUCAUAUCCAUUCAACUAUGGAAAUUUGUUUUAA